AUGGCACUUCCUUUUAUCUGCUGUGCUAUAAACUUAUCUACAUGGUUGGGUAUCUCUCUAUUGGAUCUUAUAAUUGAUAUUGUAUCUACAAACGUAUCACAUCACCUGCAGAUCUACACCGAAUAUUUUGUCGAUGAACAACGAUAUUUCUAUUUAUUAUUUUUCCAUGUAAAUGCAACUUUUACUAUAGGGAUCACAACAUUAGUGGCGACAGCGUCAUUGCUCCUUGCAUAUCUUCAAUAUGUCUGCGGAAUGUUCAAAAUUGCUAGUUAUCGCAUCAAGAAAGCUAUACAUAUUUAUACAUUAAAAGAUCUUAAUACGCAGAAAGAAAUUUUAGUUUAUAAAGAUCUAAUUGGUGCUGUAGAUAUUCAUCGAAAAUCUAUGAAAUUCACCAACUAUUUUGUAUCCAGAUUUCAAAUCACGUUUAUGUUCUUCUUAGUAUUUGGAGUUCUUAUCAUGAGCCUAAAUAUUUUUCGAGUGCGUCUCAUCUUUUAUAAAUCCAUGUUAAUGGUUUGCAUAUUAUUUCGUUAUAUUGCUUAA